GGGCAGCCCAUCGCAUUGCCUCAGGCGGACAAAGCGAUGGAGGAUUACGUCUCGCGCCAUCAUCAAGACGUGCUGCGGAAGGCUGAGGCGGGCGACGCAGAUGCACAGGCGACAUUGGGAUCAUUUUUUUUCAAUGGGGUGCCCGAAGCUGGCCUCGAGCCGUACUUUGAGCUGGCAGCGAGGUGGCUUUCAAAAGCAGCUGGGGCACACCACAUUCAAGCGCAGGCCCUCUUGGGUGUGCUGUACCUCCGCGGUAACGGUGUCCCCCAAAACGAGCGCCGUGCCGCGAAAUGGUUGCAACAAGCGGCGGAUGCGGGCGAUGCGGCGGCGCAAAGUCAAUACGGAGCAUUGCUCUAUACAGGGCAGGGAGUCGAUAAAGAUGAUGCGCGCGGCGUGUCGUACUGGCAGAAGGCUGUGGCGCAGGACCACCUGCCAGCGAUGGUGAGCCUAGGCGUGGCCCUUCACAAAGGCGAGGGUGUGAAGCAGAACAAGACCAAGGCUCUUGCGCUCAUGUCGGCCGCCGCGCGCCAGGGUGAUGAACAUGCCGUAAUGAUCCUGGCUAAAUGGGAUUUGGAGGCGGCAGCGGAAGCGGAAAAGACUAAAAUAGAGGCGGCGGCGGAGGAAUCCCGGCGGCGCACGGACGAGUUUCUCUUUUCCACUGGCGUCGCCGGCGCGGCCGCGGACAAGCUCCGCUCGCUCGCGCCGGACCACCAGGCGCGGCUCCGCCGCCGCCUCGUGAUCAGCGUCGCCGCGGGCGCGAGCGCCGCCGACCUCGAAGUCAUGAUAAUGAGGGCCGACGACCACCAGUACGCGGCGAUGGCGUCGGAACUCGCGGCCCUGGACCCGUCGCUGCGGCCCGUGGCCAAACGCCUUGCGCUGACGUCGGCGGCGGUGUGGUCCCUGUCGACGCUGGAUUCGCUGCAGCAGGAGGGCCUCGCGUGCCGCUUCGCCGAACCGGGCCUCCUCGCCGACAUCGUCGAUCUCGAUGACUUCAUCGCCCGGGCUUUUGCGACGGAGAAGACGUUUGAAAUUCUGUUGCGCGCAAGCGUGUCGUUCAUGGAGCCGGAUCUCGUCAACUAUAUUCAAGGCCUCCCCUUCGACCUGUCGCGGAGUUGCGUCAAGGAGCUCCGGGCCCUCGACGAGCAGAAGCAGCGUGGGGUGGCGGACACGCUGGCGACCGUAGACUUGCGCGACAUUGACGACCCGUCUGCCUACGUCCUCGAGUGCCUUGACUUGUCGAAGCGGCUGGAUGAGGACGCGGCGGAGCUGGCAAAAAAGGAGGCAGCGGCGGAGCGAGCGGCGGCGGAGCUGCUGCGCGAGGAAGAAGAUGAGGCUGCGGCGGCGCGGGCCAAGCGCGCCAAGAAAAAGAAAGCCAAGAAGAAGCGGCGCGGUGCGGCGACGGCGACGGCGCCCGACGAGUCCAAGGUCGAGGUCGCGCCGGCGGCCGAAGAGAAUAAGGUCGAGGAGGAGGACCAGGCCUCGCUGGACCUCGCGCAGCGGCUCACGCUCGAAGACGCGCCGCCGCCGCCACCACCGCCCGGAAAGGUGCUCGUCGACGAAAUUCUCGACGAUGCCGCUGCUCGCGCGGCCGCGCUCGAGACGUCCCUGACGGCGCACCAAGCGGAGCUCAAGCGGCUCAAGGCCGUUCUGAAGGAGCGGGGCGUGCCGGACGGCUACCUUUGUCCCAUCUCGCUCGAGGUGAUGGAAGAUCCAGUGAUCGCGGCCGACGGCCACUCCUACGAGCGAUCGGACAUCGAGGCUUGGUUCAACCGCGGCAACGACACGUCGCCCAAGACGGGCGGCGCGCUGCCGCACCAGUUCCUGACGCCGAACCACAACCUGAGGAGCGCGAUCCAGGACUUCCUCGCGGAGGUCCGACAGUUCGCGGACAUGUGAGUGUGAUAAGAUACAAAUGUAACAA